AUGCUGCGAUCAACAGGCGCAGAUUGCUGGUCAGCAUUGCAGAAGAACCAUGCCCUGGUGGCAUGCCCUUUGUGCAGGUUGAAUGCGAGCGGCGAGCGUAACGUGUCUUUCCUCGCAGGCAUUUUAGAUUAUUUUGCCGCUGUUUUCUCUUCUCCGGCAGGUUCCUUUCAGCGAUUGUCCGCUGAGCCAUGUGGGCUUCAGCUCAGUGCCUUGACAUCCAAUCUCCCCGGCCUCGCCAUGUUCGCUCCCAGCCAGCAGUCCAUGUCAGCAGCCGAGCAGCAGGAGACGAAGACCUGGUUGACCUCCGUGGCCUUCACGAGCGCCACCAUGGAGGCUUUCGAGAAGCACGCCAUCGGCAAGAACCAGCUGGCCUACUUGGAAGACACGCACUUGAAGCAGAUGAACAUCUGCAUCGGCGACCAGCUGCGCAUCAAGAAGGCUGCCCAGGAGCUGAAGCAGGAAGAGGCCAGGCAGCAGGCCAUGCAGGAAGCAGAGAGGGCCAACAAGAUUGUGGCCACCUUCGCAAACAAGUUUUCUUGCUGUGGCUUGCCAUGUACGCCGUUCCAGCACCAUCGCACGACGUGGCAGAUGUCCGAGGCGGGCAUCGUCGAACACAAGGGUCUUGGACUGGGCAAAGGCGUCAAGCAGAACAACAUCGACUUUGCGCAGGUGGCCGACGUGGACCGUCAGUCAUCGGGCUGCGGUGGCUGCUUGGGCACCGUGACGCUCACAACCACCACCUCCGAGAUCUACGCGCUGAAGACGGACCAAAGCAAGGUGGUUUUCGACGAUGUCAGGAAGCACUGGCAGGCGGCAAAAGCAGCAGGAACCGCCUGA